UGUUUUGAUUGAAUUUCAAGAAAUUUGAUUCAAAAAUGUCGCGAAAUAUGAUGCUGACGGACGAACAAAGCAGAUUGAAUGCUCGCCUGGAGGCGCACAUGGUGUACAUAUGCCCUGAGUGUGGAAAGGCCUUCCGGACACAGGCCGAGUGGCGUCAGCAUCUAAAUACAAAACACGACUAUCUGAAGAAGACCUAUUCGGACUUUAACUUUAUCGAAAUCGAUGAGCGUUUCCAUGAGUGCCAGAUCUGCUUUAAGUGGGUGGAAAAUGCACACAAGACAAUCGCUCUGCUGCAGUACCAUUAUUUCAUGCACUUGGACCACAGCGAAACAUAUCGCUGUGUGCACUGCCGCAUGGCAUACACCAGGAGACGUGCACUCAAUGGCCAUCUGUUGGACACGCACAUUCGGGAGAUUGAAAAGUACGAAGCGAAGCUGCGACAAAUGAAAAGGAAUCCGAACCCCAAUACAUCUGCCACGACAACGGUUGCGGGACGACUGCUACCGAAACGUCGCGGUCGUCCGCCAGGGACAGUGGGCGCCAGACGUAGGGAUCUGCUACAAAAGGCCCUAAUGGACAUUGAUUUGCAGGCAGAGGAGGAUAAAUCCUCCCCAAACAAGCCGAAUGUGAGUGAAGUAAACCUGGACAGAUGCCUGACGGCGUACGAGGAUAUUGUGCGCAAGGAGGAGGAACAGACUCCCAAGGACGAGGCCGAUUUGGAUGCCCUUUGCCAGGAGUUUUUCGAUGAUCCCGAAGCCGCCGAAGCAGAAGAGGAUGCGGAGAACAAAGAGAUGGUCAUCAUUGAGAUCGAUGCUCUUGGCAAGGAUGAAGUGGCGCAGCUACAGAAGGAAAUGAAGACAGAUCCAGAGAAUUCGGCGGGCGCUGUUGGUGCAAACAGCGUCAAACGACGACGCAUUUCCGGCAGCCCAAAUCGAGAAUCCGAUACGGAAAUCUCCACCAGCGGCCUCAUGAAACUCUUAACCUUUUUAUGUCCGAAAUGCGGCAAGGAGGUCAACUCCAUGGAUGUGUGGCGGGAGCAUGUGUUCGAGAAGCACGACUUUGAGCAUUACAUUGAGAAUAGCUUCAAGAUCCUGGAGGCUGGACGCAAGAGCAUGUGUCUGCAGUGCCACGAGAUCCAGCCCACCACCAAGAGAUCCGAGCUGCAGAAACAUUGCUUCAAGCAUCUGCCCUAUCGAUCAUAUCUCAAGUGCACCCUUUGCAAUCGCACCAAGACCAGUAUGUCCAAAAUGUUCAAUCACGUACGGUACAAUCACCAGUCGGAGCUGCAGCGCAAGAACAAGACACAGCUGCUCAUCAAGACAGAGCCCAAAUGGAUCAGUCCCAACCACAAUCGGCAUUCGGUCAAGAGAGAAAACGUGGAAGAAGGCUCUGCCGAUGAGGAGUGCUACACCUGCAACCACUGCCACAAGUCGUACAAGACCCAAUGGCGCUACCACCGACAUCUGGCCACGUGUACAAGAGAAAGCAGCGGCAGCGGCAGUGGCAGUGUGCGCCCUGCUACCCCCAUACAAGCGGGCGUUGAUGCCCUGAUGAGUCAUUUGCGUGAGGGACGAAUGCGCAUGAAUGAUAUUUGGAAAACGAUGCAAUUACAGAAGUUAUAGAUAGUCCUGAAUCGUAGAUUAAUUCAAAAACUGUAUGUGUAGUACCGAGUAUAAAAAAGAAAAACAAACAUACAAGAUUUAUGCAGUGGA